AAACUCCCCCGCCCCUCCCGCAACCACAAGGUCCACACACAAUUUAAGCAACGAUUUCAUCAUGGUCCCAUGAAACGAAAUCCCUGUCGAAUUUUAAUUUUAGAAGUGAAAUAUUGGUAUUUCCACCCGAAUUAUUGUUCACUUUUUAACUUUUUGGAUAAAACCGAUAGAGUUCGGCCUCGGUGGCCGACCUUGGGUGUGUUUAUUCUCCUAAAGUAUUCAGGGCCUUCAGACUAGACGUCUAGAAACACUAACCAAGGCUGUCACGCCCCUCGAUCGCAACUUAAUUUGAUCACUUACAAAAUCAAGAUGGCUGGUAUGCCUGAUAGAGCUUAUCUGCAGAAUGUUUUUAACCAGUAUGUUUGACAAGAAAGGUUCAGGUACAAUAAACUUUGAUGAAUUUGGCUUUCUAUGGAAAUAUGUCACAGAUUGGCAACAGUGCUUCCGUUCAUUUGAUAGAGACAACUCUGGUAGCAUUAACAAGGGCGAGUUAAAGACUGCUAUUACGACAUUUGGCUACAGAUUUUCUGACCAGUUUUAUGAUGUAUUGAUCAGAAGGUUUGAUAGUAGUAAUAAAGGGGCAAUCUACUUUGAUGACUUCAUUCAGUGCUGUAUUGUACUUCAUACAUUGACUUCAGAAUUCCGUCAACAUGAUCAGGAGCAAAAUGGAACUGCCACUUUUUCACUCUGACCCAAGCAUUCAGCCAUCAUGACCAAGACAGAGAUGGAGUCAUUACAUUAUCAUAUGAGCAGUUCCUUCAUAUGGUUUUCAGUGUCCGAGUUUAAUAGAAGUUCCAUGGCAACCUAGUAUGAUGCGAUUUGUGCCAGUAAUGUAUUCUUUCCGACUAUGUAGUGGUGAGGUAAUCUCACUGGAUAUUGAAUUGACAAAAGAAUAUUCAAGGCAAAUUUCAUAAAUGUAAUAUUACAGUGUUAUUAAAGUUAAAUUUUUGUACCCUACCUUCUUGAGGAAUGUUUAUAGAAGUGUCAUGUAUUCGCCUUCUUAAGGAAUGUUUAUAGAAGUGUCGUAUUCUCAAGUUUAUAACAUAAGGGUUAUAGGAAUUAAGAGAAAAAUAAAUUGGCAAUAAAAUUAAGAUUUUGUAACUAAAGAAAUGAACAUCUUUACAGUACAGCAUUUUAUAUCAAGUAUUUGGUUGUUUGUUGUAAAUUUGUUAUACUUUAUAACAUAUGUACAAUUAUCUAAUUAGUUUGUUGAUAAUUGUUGACUUUUUCAUAGCAUUUCAUGGCACAAUGGAAUUGUGUUGGUUUCUGUUUCAUGGUGAUGUAUCUUAUGUGACUACAAUUUCCAUCAUGUGAUAAAACUACUGUUUUGCAUAGCAUGAAUAGCUGUAGUAUAUCUCCAGAUAGCAUUGAUGACACUGUUGCCCUGAUUAUCACUGAUGACUUGCCAAGAUUGCCCAUUGCUUAAUGCAACUUGCCUACUUCAUAUGUAUGUUAAAUGGUGCCUUCUAAGUAUGUUUGUAUUUGAAUAAUGUUUACCUUAUGUUUGUAUUUGAAUGUUUACCUGACAGUUUUCUGUUGGAUUACGUGUUAGAUGUUUAUUUUUAUUCUCACUUUAUAUAUGAUAAUACAUAAAUUUAAAUGUUGGUUACAUAUUUGUUAUUACUCACUUUCGAAAAGUCAGCAAGCUUAAUGGUUGUUUUGAUUCCAUGUUAGAGAACUAUGACUCAUGAAGCCUUGGAUAUUGGAAAUGUUUAUGUAAUUGUUUUCCUGCAUAUCGCAAGCUGUAAUUCAAACAAUGCAUUCUAUAGUUGUGUAUAGGUUAACUCAAGUCCCAGUGAACAGUAUUCAGUAAGAAUAAAACUGCAAGCAGUUUCCUCUAUCAUCAGCUUAUUUAUUUCUUAUCACUAUGAAUAGGAAUCUCUGUAUUACUCCUUGAUGUACAGUACUUAAAUUGUUUCUGUUAAAUGUUAGUGAUAUGUACAUCUCUUUUACUGGGUAGUCCAUUAUUGUGCCCCUUUUACCGUUUAAAUUUUUUCCAGUUUCAUGUUUCUGCAAAUUCCUGACAAGUCAUGAUUAAUGAAAUUUUGAGUAAAUGGAGAGCAUAUUGAAACAUGCUUAGUGCAGUGCUUGUAUUUUAUCAGAAAAGGUUCCUACUUAAAAUGUUUUCCUGAUCUUUCCAACUUACAUGACAUUUAUAUACAGUAUCAUAUUCAUAGCAGCAUCAAGCUACAAUAUAGUUAGGUGUAGAAUUCCACUGCUGCUUCCAUUUUAAUGCAGAGAAUUUUAUAGCAUUUUAUUGAGCUAAGAUAAAGAUGGGUGUAAAGUUUCACCACAAGUGUGCACUAUUGAGAAAGCUUGCCAUUAAAAUAGGAAAUAUUGUUAAUCGUUUAAAUAGUUACAAUUUGUCAGAAAGUUUGUCAUUAGAAAAGUGAUGCAGUCUUCUUAAUCUUGUGUUGAUCACUUGCUUCUGUGAAGUGAAAUUACACUUGUAAGACAUUCCUCACUGUCUGAACGUUUUAUAUUUUUGUAUAUUACUCAAACCCUGAAUCGUUGUAAGUUUAGUGGAAUAAGAAUCUUACCCAUUGA